GCCAGAGUUUUCUCUUCUCUCAAGUCUCCUUCAUAUUUUGUCUAUCUAGCAACUGACUGAAGAAGUUGAAAGGAGACGCAGCAGAGUUGCUCCUUCUCUGAGGAACAGGUGGAUUAACUCAUAUGGCUAAGGAGUUGCUUCGAGAAUUUUGAUCGACAAUAACUUUCUGAAGAUUCAUUACUCUUUUAGUCUAGCUUUUUUUCGUAGUCACGAAACUCUGUCAUGGCUCCCAAGAAGUCCUCUGAGCAGCCAGACAUGGAGACAAAGUUGGAGCCAGAGCCGAAACCGAAUCAAGAACAGGAGGCAGGAGAUGAUCUUGAUCCAGCAAAAUCAAUCAAAAAGAUCCGUACCAUCGUGGAAACUUUGCAUACACUUUUCCCACCACAGCCAGUGCAAGCAAGAUCUCAGUCUCAGACAGGGCAACUAAGGAAGUAUAAGAGCAGCAUUCCUCCUCCAAAGUCUAAUAAUCAGAAGGUGACUCUAACCACAGUAACAAGUGCCCCGGUGGAAACUUCUUCUUUGAACCAUGACGAGUCCGAGAAUUCAAUCCAUAAGCUAAAACGUAACCUCCGUCUGCUGGAGGAAGAUGUUGCUAAGCUACGAGUGCUUAACGAAGUGGUUGGAGAAGAGGUGAGCAGACACAUCGUUCCACUCGACAAACUACUUCAAAAAGUUGAAAAGGGAACCACCAAAACUCAGUUGACCAAAGGUAUGAAGAAAGACUUGGAGGAUGUCAACAAGAAGAUCUUUAACUUGAUGUGUCAGGUCCCUUUGCUUCCCAACAGACGCAGGAAGCCUGGAGGGUUAGACUCUGAGGACGGCGAAGUGGAGAAUAACGGCAAAGGUAUCGAAUGCUUGCCAGCCAUCCAUGCUAAUGAAGAAGAUCUCAAAAGACUAGCGGUUUUCAGACAAGUUAAAGAGAAGUUCAUGGAGCUUAGUACUGACCGCAAGAUCUGCCUGCUGAGCUUUGCUGUCUUCCCGGAGAAUCAAGAAGUGAACAGAACAAUGCUCAUGUAUUGGUGGAUUGGAGAAGGGAUUCUCUCUGAUGGAGCCAAACCUGAAGAUGCUGUGAAAGAGAUUCUCAAGGAGUUCAUGGAGAAAAAGUUGAUAGAGCCUGUUGAAAACAAACACAAAGUGGAGCCAAAUUGCUAUAAGAUGUCACCCUUUGUGCAUUCUUCAGUGGUUCUUAUCUCAGAGGAGAUAGGACUGUUUAGUAUGUAUCAGAAAGGGAAGAAGCCAAGGAUGAAACACUCAGAUUUGAAGAAGGUUUGCCUUGUGGAAGAAUCAUCAAGCCAGCCAGAAGCAAAAGCUAAGAAGAUGCCAGCAGGGGACAUUGAGACAGUGUUCAAUGUCUCUGAGAGGUUUCCUGAUUUUGCAUUCAAGUGGUUCUCAGAGGAUCAGUCAUCAUCAGGGAAGAAGAAGAAGUUUAGCCCUCUAACAAAAACUUCUUUUAAAAUGCUCAAGGUGUUUUAUCUAGGCAGAUGGGAGAGAACGGCGAACCGACACAUCGAGGUGGAGAAUCCUGACCUUAUGAAGUACUUGAAGCAUAUGACUAAACUCAAGCUUCUGAGCUUUCAAGGGAUCUCAAGAAUUGAAAGACUUGAUGAUGCUGUCUGUAAGCUUCAUGAUCUGAUCAUCUUGGACCUGAGAGCUUGCUAUAAUAUUGAGAAGCUUCCAGACAAGAUAGACUCACUCAAGGCACUGACAUACUUAGACAUCACAGAUUGUUACAUGAUAGACCGCAUGCCCAAGAGGUUGUCAUGGCUGGAUAACUUGGAGGUUCUCAAAGGCUUUGUGGUUAGUGAUGCUACUGAUGAGGAGACGUUCUGUUUACUGUCUGAGCUGAAGCACUUGAAGAAGCUGAGAAAGCUAAGCAUUACUAUAAACAAAGGUGGUGACUUCACUGUUGCUCAACUGUUUGUGGAUAUUCAAGAUUUCUCAAACCUUGAGAAGUUGAAAGUGGCGUGGGGAGGUAUUAAUGAACACAACAAAGCCGAACCUUCUGCUGGGGCAGUAAAAGAGUUCCUCAGGUCGAUGACACGCCUUCCUAAUAGCUCAGUUACAGAGCCAAAGGUUCACAAGGCUCCAAAGAAGGUAGUAGCCGUUCCAAGCCACCUUCCAGAGAAGUUGAUGAAACUGGACCUACAGUGUUUUCCUGAUGCGGAACUUCCAUCAUUGCUUGAGCCUGGUAAGCUAAAGACACUGGAAAAACUCUACAUUAAAGGAGGAACCAAACUUACUGGCUUAGGGAAGUCAGUGCCUGAGGAGCCAACGGAGUGCAGUGUCAAGGUUUUGCGUCUAAAGUUCCUUCCCAGGCUAAAAGUGGAGUGGAGGGAGCUGAGGGAACUCUACUUUCCAAAACUGGAGUUCUUGGAUAAGUAUCAGUGCCCUCAUGUUAGUUUCUGCCCCUGUGAUGGUAUUGGAAUCUGGCGCCACAAGUCUUAUGUAAAACUCUGAGCUGAGAGUUGCUCAGUUUUCCACUUGUUUUCUUUUCUUUUUGUUGCUGUUUCUGUUGUUGUUGUGUGUUUGCUUCCUCAUUUCCCAUUGAUGUCUUCCUCAAGUGUUGUUGUUUGUUACCAAUUGAAUAAAAGAGUUUGGAGUGUUUGUUUUGCUUA